AUGUAUAGGAAAUAUCUGCAAGAAGUCGUAGAUCGGGAGAAUGUACUGGCAUCGCAAAGCAGUGCACCUGCCAGCGAAGAAACAGAAAAUGUUGACUCUCCCCAAAAUACUAACAUUCGAAACCCCGGAUCUCAGGCCCAAAGUAGAGCUGAAAAUCAAGGCAAUCUAGUGUCCCAGAGUGCAUCUCCACCUCAAAAUGACGCACAAAAUCCGGGUCCAAGCACCGCUACACCAGCAAAAAAGCAGCUCACUGCAGAGGAAGAGACGAAAAGAAAGGAAUUUAUUGAACGUCAAAAGAGGGAAUUAGAUAAACUUUUGGAAAUGGCUAACCAAACUGAGAUGAUGAUUUUCAAGGCCUUUCCGUUUCAAGACGCGAUUAUUUGUGGAAAUUUCUUUGCCAAAUUUCCUAACACGACGAAAACCAUACGUAUUUUUACAAGCAGCACAUUUACAGAUACAAAAUACGAAAGAAAUUGCUGGAUGGCCAGAGCCUACCCGAAAAUAAAGGAACACUGUUUCAAGAAGGGUUAUGAGUUUCAGGUGGUGGACAUGAGAUGGGGCAUCCGUCACCAAGCAACAGAUGAUCACAUGACCACUGAACUUUGUAUGCAUGAACUGCAUCAAUGUCAGCAGAUUUCAAAAGGACCAAGUUUUAUAUCUCUCUUUGCCCACAAAUAUGGCUACCGAACCUUAUCAAGGGUUAUUGAUGCAGAGGAGUUUUUGAAGAUCCGUUCAGAGAUAAAAGAUCCAGCAGAUUUAGAACUCAUGACAAGAUGGUAUGAAAAGGACAGGAACGCGGUUCCAGAAGUUUUUGUGUUAAAACCCAUUAGCAGAAAUAUUCCAGAUUUUUUGUCAAAAGACUUUGAAAAACAGAAAGCUGCGAAAACCCAAUUCUGGAACGAGAGCGAAAAGCUUCUGGAAAUCUUUGUCCGUGGGGCCACGUUAGGCCUCGACGAGAAAGAGGCAACAAAGUAUAAAAUGUCAGUGACAGAAAUGGAAACGGAAACUGGGUUAAAAGAACGGGUCGUCAAUAAAAAGUGCUUCUGGUUCCGGAAAAAGUUCCGGAAUAUUGAGAAUCAGGAACCCAGUUAUACACUAUCUAGAUACAUCGAAUGUUUGGGAGACGAAGAAGCAUGGAAAACAGCUAGGGAAAAGAACAAAGCCCUACAAAAACAAAUGGAGGAGAAGAUAAAACUAGAUAAUAUUUACACUUACGAACUCAACUGGACAGAAAAAGGGAUUGACCCAAACAACAAAGAACAUGCUGAAUAUCUAGAACAGAUUACCGAGGACUUCCAGACACAGAUGAUAGUCUCAAUAGACGAAGCAAUUAAGGAGAGAGAAAGCAACAAAAAAUUGUCACUGAAACCUGAACAUGAAGAGUUUAUGAGACAUGCUGCGCUCGUUGAAGAAAAAUCCUCGGGAAUUAGAGGUCGUGACGAAAUUAUUAAGAAAAUCAAAGAUUAUGUGCUUGGAAACAGUAAGGAAACACUUAUUGUUCACGGCGAGUCUGGAUGUGGGAAGACCUCCAUCAUGGCACUAGCUGCCAAGCAGGCAUUCCAAUGGAUACAUGGCAAAGGGAUGGUACUCAUGAGAUUUCUAGGAUCGACACAGGAGAGCUCCAAUCUCCUAACUCUUCUUCAAUCCAUGAUAUCCCAGAUUCCAUACUUCAAAUUACCGGAAGUUAAGUCCCAGGAUUUACAAGUUCUCAUCAAGCAGUUUCGGACUUGUUUGCAUUUCUUCAUUUUAAAAAAGAAAAAGGUCAUCCUCUUCAUCGACUCCAUCGACCAGCUUGAAUCAGCUCAUAAUGGACGAGUGGUCAGUUCCUGGAUUCCGAAGAAUCUGAUAAAAGAUACAAAGAUUAUUAUCUCCACCCUCGAUCAACCAGAGUUUGGAGUCUUCCCAGACAUAAAGACAUUUACUGCAGAGGAAAAUUUUCUUCGCGUCCCCUUGCUGACAUCAUCAGACCGGGAAGAUAUCCUGGACCAUUUUUUUCAGACAAGUAACCGAACUCUUACUGAUGCACAACGCACGUAUGUUUUAGAAAUGUUUGAGAAGUGUCCGCUCCCUCUGUUCAUCAAACUUUCAUUCCGGGAGGCAAUUGAAUGGACAUCAUUUAGACCUAUUGAAGAGUGCCGUCUGCAGGACACUAUUCGAGGAAGCAUAGAUCAGUUAUUUCAAAAAAUGGAAACAAAACAUGGUCGUAUAUUUGUUUCUAGGGCUCUUGGAUACAUCACGGCAGCAAAGCACGGUUUGUCAGAAUUUGAAUUGGAAGACAUCUUAUCCUGUGAUGAUGACGUGUUAAAUGACGUGUAUCAAUUUUGGACUCCACCAAUCAGAAGGCUUCCGCCACUCUUGAUAGUACGCCUACGCUAUGAUCUACGUCGGUAUCUUGUGAAUCGAGGAGAUUCAGGAAUCCAGAUUUUAAGUUGGUACCACCGUCAGUUCUGGGAGGCAGCAGAAAAUCGAUACACCAAAGAUGAAUCAACAAGGCUUCAGCUUCACACUGGUCUAGCGGAUUAUUUCUUAGGAAGAUGGGCUGGAAACACUCCCAAACCAUUUAAUGAUAGAAAUGGAAAAGCAGAGGAAAUUCGAUAUGUUGCAAGUCAGCCCAUACAACUUGGGAAUCAAAUCAACGAGAGAAAAAUGAAAAACCUUCCUUAUCAUCUAGCAAAAUCAAAGAACCUGAAAGAUCUGAAGAAACAUUGUCUUCUAAACUUCGACUUCCUUAUUCACAAACUGCUAAGCCUUCCAACUGAAGACUUACUUGACGACUUUGCAUUGGCUUGUGUCCUGUUCCCAUUUGAGAAAGAUUUGGAAAUGCUAUCUCAGGCAAUCAAUUUGUCGUCUGCUGCUUUAUCACAUGAUCCCCGACAGCUUCCAUCACAUCUGUUGGACCGACUUGAAAACUCGGAGUGCCAUAAAGACUUACUAGCGCUAUGCCAGCAAAGCAGAUACCCUUACAUUGUGUGCUCGCAUUCUCUCCUCAAGAAGCCCGGGGGUCAAUUGGUCAGAACACUUACUGGACAUACAUCAGCAGUGACCAGCCUGGAUCUACAUUUGUAUCCAUCAGGACAACUUGUAGCACUUAGUGGGAGUUCAUCUGACAAUAUCUUGAAAACUUGGGACGUCCACACAGGAAAAGAAAUAAAGUCAAGGUCAACAAUGAAGCAGGAUUUAUACAGUGCAGCUUUUGCAGCAGAUGGUCAAAUUAUUGUGCAGACGUAUAAAAAAGCGAUUAUAUCCUGCAGCUCCCAUUGGGAAUUAAAGUACACGCUUGACAUAAAAGACAACGUAGGAGUAACUUUUGUGGGAAAAAAUAAAAAUACCAUUGCUGCCAUUGACACAAACGAGCUUAUCCUAUGGGACGUUAUGACUGGGGAGGAAAUUAGACGUAGAACAAUACCAUCUAAAAUUGAAGGUCAUCUGAUGGAACAUCUCCGAGGAUCAGAAAAUUAUUUGGCUUUUACCAGCAAUCUGAUGGAAAAACUAAGUGUUUAUAACAUUAAAGAUGAUUCCUUCUCCCCUGCUGUCGACAUGGGGGAGGAUAAAGACAUAAAUACAAUGGCCAUAUCUUCUGAUGAGACCCAGAUUGUGACCGGAAGAGGAAUAAAUGAAUUGGCAAUUUUCGAAAUUUCCACACUUCAACUUUUGCGUACAAGUAAAGCGUUCGAAGAUUAUGGUUUAUUGAAUUCCAUGUACUGGCAUGAUGACACCAUUCUGACCUGUGACAAUUCAUUCGUGCUUAUAUCAGACAAAUCGGGAAGUGAUGUAUCAUCGCAUUUCCAUCAUACAGUUUCUCUAGAGGACGUGAAGACAUGUGAUAUGAAGAUAUUUGUCACCAUGACGGCCGAUAACAUAAUCAGAGUAUGGGAUUUAGAGAAGAAGGACGUGCAGAUCAAACUCCCAGAACAAGCAAAUAAGCUUAACCAUAUUAUUCCAAUGAAGAAUACGCGCUACACAGUCGUACAUCGCAAUAUUAAGGAUGGACCAAGCCUUCUGGAAAUUUAUGACAUUCAAAAACACAAGGUCGUAAAAUCUUUUACCCUGGACUGCUCAAUUAGAGAAAUGAUUCUGCUGGAUGACAGUACUCUCUUGCUGGUCAACUCAAAUCAUAAGAUCAUAAAGAUUUCCCUUGACCUAGAAUCAGUUUCUACUGCAUUUGAAGGAGUAAUUCCUGCAGGGAUUAUGGACUUGCGCCUUUUUAAUGGUGGCAAAGAACUCGUAGUACAAACUCGAGGAAGGAAAAAUUUGAAAUGCUAUGAUGUAAAAUCUGGAAAAGUUACAAAAAUCAUCCCUUGUUCAACUGAAGAAAACCCAUGCCUUAUUGAUAUUAUAGAGACUUCCCGAGAUGAUCAUAUCAUAACUUGUGUAACAGAAGAUGAGAGAUUUCUUAUUUGUGAUGCAGAAAAGAAAAAGGUGAUAAAAACAAUAACCAAACAAGACCUUGGACCGCACGCUAGUGAAACUGGUCUAGAUGUUGCAGUUUCUAGUCGCGGAAACUACGUCAUUGGAUCACUGCAGUAUAAAAGAAAAGAGAUGCUUACUACACCAUUUGUCUGGAAAAAAGAAGAUGAUGAAUUCACGAUACUCUUUGAUGAGAAAGAAUUCAAAGCAUACACAGAUCAGGGUAAAGAUUUGAAUGGUCUUGACAUGAAUAACUUGGUGUUCGUCAAAGAUGAACUCUUAGCAGUAGGAUACCAAGACGGUGUGAUAAGACUGUGGGAUGUGGCACAAGGAACUGUUCAUAUGAAGUUAAGUGGGCACACAGACAUAGUGGACAUUUAUGGAAACCCCUAUGGACCGUACAUGAUGUCAUACUGUGACAUGGAAGAAACUAAUCUGAUGAGAAUAUGGGAUAUCAACAGCUGGGAAUGUCUGGCAAGCUACAGACCUGAAGCCUUUUUCCGUCGAAUGGCGCCUGUAAGCGAUGGGAGAAGCUUUCUUGCUGAAUUGGACAACAAUAUUGUGCACUUCACUCUGAAUGAUUUCGAUAAAAAAGAACUUGAGAAACAGGAAUUGAAGAUCCAAAGCGAUGAUACUGACUUUAAAUUACAAGUGUUGGGUGAAAAUGACAAAAUAAUAUCUCCUGAUGACCCAGAUCAAGAGGAUGAAGAACCUGACGAUGUCGACGACGAUGAUAUUGAAGACGACGAUGAUGAUAAUAAUGAUGAAUCCAAAGAUGACUAA